AUACAGUGGGUUAGCUUCUUCUUACUUUCUAACUUCACACACAUUCCCAUGUCAUCUUUCAACUUUCAAGCAACUGUUCAUUCGUUCAUUGGUUAUUUUCAUAUUUACAUUGUAUUGCACAAAUUAGUUUACUUUUUUUCAUAAUAUGUACUUAUAAAUAAAAUCACUGCACAGUGUGUGUUAUUGUGAAGUUAAAAAAUGGGGCCCCCACCAAUAGUUACUGGUCUAUCACCAAAUGAGGGCCCUCCUGGGACUCGAAUCAAAAUCAGAGGUGAACAUUUGGGAAAAUCGCCCCAGGAUUUAGUGGGGCUCACGAUAUGCGGCGUGGAUUCUCUUCUCACCGCAGAGUGGAAGUCAGAGAAUAAAAUUAUUGCCAUAUCUGGACCGAUCAAAGGAAAAGGGGAUGUGAUAGUCACUACCAAAUCUGGUGGUGCUGGAACAUGUAGUGUUACAUUUAAAGGAUAUCAUAUUGCCACAAUUGGGCCUAUGAAAGAGAGUGCUGUGUGGGUAGAGGAAACUGAACUCUUCUCAUGGGGUAGACAUUCUUUAUCUCCGAGUAGUUAUCAGCAGGAAGAUCCCCUGGGACUCUCAGUUGAGGAUACGGAGAAAAAAAUUUCCGAAGAUGAUUUAUUGCAAUUCUACCCCAAUAGAAAUGGUGAUAUUACUAGUGAUGACUUUUCACCAGGCUGGUUUCUGUUGGAAAAUCAUCAAGCCACCAGUUUUAAUGACUUACAAGCAGGGCUUGUACAUUUACGACGCAAAGUGAAAGGGCAGAAAGAGGGACAAUUGUCCUUUUUAAAAGCCAACAUCGGUGCUGUGAUGGAUCAAAUAGAUACAUUGGUAAAUCUUAAAGAUAAAUAUGAAACUGAUUCGCCCAAAUUUGGUCAUGAACCCACUUUGAAACUGGAAAAAGCCAUCAAGGAAUCGGAACAUGAGGCAAGAAAAUUGUUUGAUGACGUUCUAAAUCGGAAAGAUCGAGCUGAAAAAACCAGAAAUGCUUUAAACGUUUUAACGAGAUUUCGUUUUCUAUUCUGCUUGCCAUGUGUUAUCGACAGAAACGUAAAGAAGGGCGAUUUCGACAUAGUAAUCAACGAUUAUAUCAGAGUGAAGAACUUGUUCCAUAAAACGGAUAUUCCUAUCUUCAAAACAGCGUUAAAUGAAAUCGAAAAACGUAUAAAUGAACUACAAACUAAGUUGCAUGAAGAUUUGCAAACCAUGCCUAUUACAGUAGAACAACAGAAAAGAUUAAUUAGGUACCUUGUAAAUUUGGAUGCUCCCUAUGAUUCCGCAUGGGAUGCCAUCAAGGCACGUUCUGAAUACAUAAACAAAAAAAUCGGGUUGAUUUACAACUAUCACAAAUCGCAAGAUAAGCCGGAAUCUAAAUCGAAAAGUGGUAGUGCCUCAAAGUAUUCCAAAUAUAACAGCACUCCUAAUACUGAAGUGGCAAUGAUUCCAUCAUGUAUCAGCUUUAUUGAUGAAAUAUGUCUAAGCAUAACGGAAACAUUUCCGGAUCUGUGGAAGAUUGGUCAAGCUUACUUUUCUGGUGAGCUUCAGGUUAAAGUGGAGGCCGGAAGACAAGUGGAGUAUAAAUAUAUAGUCAUGAAUGUUAUCGAGACCUUUUGUAAACAUGUAAGAGCAAACUUAAUUCCAAAUAGCUUAGAUAAAGAUGAUAAAGCCCAAUUCGGUUCUCUAACAUUGCCACGUCGCGAAGAGUUCGCUAUAUAUUUACCAGAACUUUUGCACUCAGUACGAUCUGCAUACUCCACUUUUAUCAAACUUGAUCUACCUGGCGAAGCCCUAGAUAUAGUCAGUCUGUUGCUUUUGGACCUGAGAGUUCAUUGCAUUAGUAUUAUAUUCCAACAAACCGCGGAGCAAGUGAAAUUAUUAAAAGAGAAUUGGAAGAUAAACUAUAGUGGUAAAUACACGGGCGUUACAGAAAUGCCUAUCAAAUUUUUGAAUUUAAUUGAAAACAUGAUUCAAACUGUCAAGGAGUCAGUUUUGUCUAUUGAGCACAGAGAAAUUAGCUUAUUGGACAAUCAAGCAGCGCAGAAGGAAAUGGAAAAACAAAUGACCGUUAUAUUGAACACUUUUCACAGAUUGAUAGUUUAUUAUUCAAGUGACGAAUAUGAAGGUUUCCAAUCGGGCAUUCCCUUAGUGUCUGAGUUAAUACUGUAUAUGCUUCCUCCAAAUGGUGACAAUCAAAUGAACACACCAACAUGGGACCAUGGGCUUCUGAUUACUUUGUCAAACUGUAUAUUUACUAAAACCACGAUCUUAGACACAAUAGCGUCGAAAUUUAACGAAAGCGGCUUACCACCUUUAGAUGCUUCUUUAACCGCUGCCAGAGUUAAAUACGAACAACGGGAAACAAUUAUUUUGUAUAACUAUCUUGAACAAAAAUGCGAUCCUUUAGUAGGAACGAUUGAACCAUCGAUGUACUUGGGCCGAUUUGAUUGGCAUUUACCUGUACAACCAACCGAUCUUCGUCCGUAUGUCAAAGAAUGCCUGAACAAUCUGAUAGGCGUUCACUUUGAAAUUGUCCAUAUUUCACCCACUCUUUUAGAUGCCGUAUUGCCACAGAUUGUGGAAACCGUGGCAGAAGAAUUGUACAGACUAAUGUCGUGUGUCCAGAAAUUUUCCAGAGAAGGCGCUUUGCAAGCCAGGGUGGAUAUUAUGGCUUUGCAUGAAUUUUUAGGCGAUUUUCUUACAGAUAAAGCUACUCGAUACUUUAAAAGCGCUUUAGAUGAUGUACCGCCUAUCGAUCGAACCGAUGAUAUCUUGGUUGAGGAUAUUUUAAGGCAAUGUAGAACAAAAAUGAAAACACAAAUUGCGUGCUUAAAAAGAAAUUGAAUUGUUAGGUAAUAUUGUUUCACUUAACGAAUUUUAAAAUUUAGUUAUAAAUCAUUUGCCCAAGCAACGCGUAUUCAUAUCAUCAAAACGAAACCUGGAAUCAUACUGUGCUCUACGUUAUUUGUGGUAUUAGAGUAAAAUUCUACGAUUUCCCUACAGAGCUUUGUCUUAGUUGAGUAUAUCUUGCAUCUAUUUAAUUAACUGAGAUUCAGUUGAAUUGUUGAGUCAGUACAGUGGGCAUUAUCAGAACAUUUUAAAUUGAACGUUGGCUGAAAAGAGGUGUAUGUUAAAGCCGCAUAUUCUGGGAAAACUAAUGUGAUUUAUUAACUUAACUGAUAAAAAUUAUUGUAUUAUACAUAGAACAAAAUAUUUAUAAGUAGAUAAUAUUAUCAAAUUAUAACAUCAGGUGAA